AUGCUCUGGAAGAGCUUCAUCAGCGCCAGAUCUUGUGACCUUAAGGCAACACCAUGUGAGCCCUUGAAGACACAUUUCCCCCAUCCAAGAACCCGUGACAAGGUUUUUGUUAUGAUGGACGCUUGCCACAUGUUGAAGCUGACGCGCAAUAUUUUGGAGGUCUCCCUGGCUGCUCAGGCCCUCAGUAAUUCCGUGGCAGUGGCCCUCCGCACCUUGCAGGAUCUGAAGGAAUAUGCAGUGUUCCAAGAUUGUGAGGCUACAGCAGAAUUUAUCGAGAUAACGGACAGGCUGUUCGAUAUCUUGAACAGCCGCAAUCCCAGAGCCAGAGGGUUGCUCUCUGUCCUCGGCUUUGUCAUAAACAUUGACACAUUGAUGGCGAUGAUUCCCGUGCUCCUCGAAGGACAGCGAUAUGUCCUGACGUACCGAUUCAGCCAGGACCACUUGGAGCUUCUUUUCAACUCCAUCAGAGCAUCCGGAUUUGUGGUGCGACGCACACUAAAAAAGCUUUCCUGUGAUGUCUGCCGGGCAAGCCUGUUGAUGGAUGCUGAAUCUGCCAGUAAGGACCAGAGCUACCAUCUGCUGACGCUGAAAAACAAUGGAGGUCUUGUCAUCCCAUCAGCAGGCACCGUGAAGGUCGUCAGGGCAGCAGAGUGGGUUUUUCGGCAGGCAGUAGCAGAUUCCAGGAGAUCGCAACCCAUCAAACUGUUGGAGGUCCUCUACAUGGUGAGGAAGAGGAUAGGUGGAGAGGAUGUGUUUUUGCUCGGGGAGCACAUCACUGACACGCGAUAUGGCAUUGACAGUCACCACCAUACACUCUUGACUCUGGUUGUGUCCCUCUUCUUCAAGCUAAGGCUGCACCACAUUGCGAAAAUGUCAACGCUUAGCUUGCAGAAAGACAGUGUGAGACAGAAGCUCACAAAAACUGUCCUUUUAAAAGGGCAGUAGCGCAAACUAUUUGUGCACUUAAAGGAUGGGUUUUCAACUGGUGGUCUGUUUAGUUUGCUACUCUUCUUUGAUGUUUGCAUGUGAAUGAGUGGUGUAUGAGUGUGUGCGUGAAUGGGUGAAUGUGGGGCUUUGUAAAGCGCUUUGGGCACCAAGACGGUGUAGAAAAGCGCUAUGUAAGUUCAGACCAUUUAAGAGAGAGGAGGAGAGGGAGGGAGCUGUAUUGAUUAUAUUGUAUUGAUGGAAAGAGUUUUGUGUCCAAUUGUGUCUUAAUGUUUUUUUUUUUUUUUUUGUGUUUUUUUUAAAAAGUUUUUUCUAAUUGUGUGCUUUUGGACCUAAGUCAAAAAACCAAGACCCAUCUCUUUUCUCUUUAUUUUACAGAAUGGCAACUUGAGACAGAUUUAUAUUAUACAUACAUUUACACAUGUAUUUAAUAUUGUUAAUAUUAGUAAUAAACUAAAUUGCACUAUU